AUGGCUAUCUCUCCACAGCAUCGUUGGGCAUGGCUCGUUGGAGCUCCGCUGCUAUUCUCACCACUUCUCUACUUCGGACUUCCAUUUCGUUGCGCAUUCUGCAUUGCUGUAUUGAGUACAUAUUGGAUUGUCGAAGUGGUACCUAUUGGAACCACAUCGCUGUUGCCGAUGUUCCUCUUCCCUGUGCUUGGUAUCGAAUCAGCGAAGAAAAUCUGUCUUGUUUAUUUCAAGUUGAACAACCCGUUGAGGAAGAACAGAGCAGAACUAGAUGAGGUCCUCCUAGAUGCAAGCGAGAGGCGAGCAUCGGCUCCGGGAGAAAAACCAGAUCAAUGA